UCACCAGUGUGCAAAAAAGUUGCAUUGUCGCAUGCGAAUAUUUUUGUCGGUCGGUCUAAACAGACCGAUUUACAGCCAUUCAUUCCAAUUUAAAAGUUUAUUGCACCGAAUCUUCACUCCGAACAUUAAGUGUGUGCCGUGUCUUUCCCAGAAAACCACUCUGUUCGCGAUGCAUCUGGUGGGCGCCAUGCUGACGUUCGGCGUGGGCGCUCUGUACAUCCUGGUCCAGACGCUGCUGUCGCACCGCAUGCAGCCACACAUCCACAGCAAAACCAUGUUCUGGACGCGGCUGAGCGUCUGCGUCUGGACCUUCGGCAGCAUCAUCAGCAUGUUCGUGUCGUCGGUCAUCAUGUACAGCACUCUGUCAGGAACCGAGGUCAACCAGAAGCUGCACUGGACGCCUGGAGAACCGGGUUUCACGCCGCACAUCGUCAGCACCAUCUCCGAAUGGUCUCUCGCUUUGUCCUUCAUCAGCUUCUUCCUCACCUACAUACGAGACUUCAAGAAGAUCAACCUGCGAGCGGAGGUGCAGCUCCAGAGCGAACACCUGUACGAUUCGCACCACUCCCGGCCCUCGGAGACGUCUCCGCUGCUCGCCGGCAGCAUCUGACGAAGAGAAGACGCUCCAGACGAGGCGCAGAGACUGCCAGGCUCCAACAGAAACACGCCAAGCUCUGGAAACUUCAUACUAACAUUUAGACAACGUUUGUACAACAUUCACACAACCGUCUGAAAUUAUGCUCUAACUAUUGCGUUUAUUAAUCUAAUACAGAAGGGGGUUUCAGAGCAUGCACUUGAACAAC